AUGUCAACGAAAUCAGAAUCGGUGGUUGUUAAGGUGUUUGAAGCUGCUCAAGCAGUGUUGGGCCAAUUUUUGGCGUUUUCAAUUGCUCAGCAGAUUUCUAUUGUGAUCUUGUUGCCAUUUGUGUACACAAUUGUCUGGCAGUUGUUGUACUCGAUGAGAAAAGACCGUGUUCCAUUGGUAUUUUACUGGAUUCCAUGGGUUGGUUCUGCUGUUAGUUAUGGUAUGAGACCAUACGAGUUUUUCGAAGAAUGUAGAGAAAAAUACGGUGAUAUAUUUGCGUUUGUUUUGUUGGGAAAAGUGAUGACAGUUUAUUUGGGACCUAAGGGUCAUGAGUUCAUCUUGAACGCCAAAUUGGCCGAUGUUUCCGCAGAAGCCGCUUAUACGCAUUUGACUACGCCUGUGUUUGGUAAUGGUGUUAUUUACGAUUGUCCAAACCAUCGUUUGAUGGAUCAAAAGAAGUUCGUUAAGGGUGCAUUGACUACUGAUGCAUUUAGAAAAUACGUGCCAUUGAUCGCAGAAGAAGUUCAAAAGUACUUUUUAACCUCUAAAAAUUUCUCCAUUGGUGAAAAAGACCAUGGUAAGAUCAACGUCAUGGUCACUCAACCUGAGAUGACCAUUUUCACUGCUUCUAGAUCGCUACUUGGCUCUGAAAUGAGAGAAAAAUUAAACACUGAUUUCGCUUACUUGUACUCUGAUCUAGAUAAGGGUUUUACUCCUUUGAACUUUGUGUUCUCCCAUUUGCCUCUAGAUAACUAUCGUAAGAGAGAUAACGCUCAAAGAGUUAUCUCUUCGACUUACUUGUCCUUGAUCAAGAAGAGACGUGAUACAAACGAUAUUCAAGAUAGAGAUUUGAUUGAUUCUUUGAUGAAGAAUUCUACUUACAAAGAUGGUGUUAAGAUGACCGACCAAGAAAUCGCUAAUCUAUUGAUUGGUGUUCUAAUGGGUGGACAACAUACUUCUGCUGCUACUUCUGCUUGGGUUAUUUUGCACUUAGCUGAAAGACCUGACAUUCAGGAAAAGUUAUACGAAGAACAAAUGAAGGUUUUGGAUAACGGCACGAAAGAAUUGACUUUCGACUUGCUACAAGAAAUGCCUUUGUUAAAUCAAACUAUCAAGGAGACACUAAGAUUGCACCAUCCAUUGCAUUCUUUGUUCCGUAAAGUUAUGAACGAUAUGCCUGUGCCAAACAGUUCAUAUGUUGUUCCAAAGGGUCAUCACGUUUUGGUUUCUCCAGGUUACUGCCAUCUACAAGAUAAAUAUUUCCCAAAUGCCUCAGAGUUCAAUCCUAACCGUUGGGAUAAUGAUGCUGCUUCUUCUUAUGCCUCAAACGAAAAGGUGGAUUAUGGUUUUGGUUCCAUCUCCAAGGGUGUUUCUUCUCCUUACUUACCAUUUGGUGGUGGUAGACACAGAUGCAUCGGUGAACAUUUUGCUUACAUGCAAUUAGGAACCAUUUUGUCCAACUACAUUAGAACUCUUACUUGGAAAUUUGCUGAUCCUUCAGCAACCGUUCCAACUCCAGAUUUCCAAUCUAUGGUUACCUUGCCUCUAGAGCCAUCUGAAAUUGAAUGGACAUUAAGAAAGUAG